UUUGUGCAAAACAGAAACAUUGUUUGGAUUUAUACCAAAGCUGCUAAAGAAAAUCACAAUUUAAGUUUGUAUACAGCAACCCUUAUCUUUUCAUUGCAAAAACCACCAUCUUACAAUGAUAAAAUUUAAUAUUUGAUAAAGCGGUGAUAUCAAAGACCUGCCAUCCUUUAAUGAUUCAUGUUUUAUAAAAGCAUUUUUUCUCAUUAAAAGGGAAAAAGAUGUUUGCAUAUUGGACAGGUUGUUCUACUCGCUCUGCAGCGCCCCUAGCGGUGAUGGUUAAACAUUGCAGCAGCUCAACCUGCUGGAGGGAAACAUCACUUUCAUCCUGCAGCUGCUGUGCAACAGGAUGCAGAGACAAAGCGCUGCGAGACUCACAGCAGGAUUACUGGUUUUAUCAGAGUGAUGGAGUGUCCCAUCUGAUCCAAUCAAGACAUGGUGUUAUCAGAUAAAAACUUAGGAUCAUCUGCUCCCAGCAAGAUCCCAGAGCGGUGCAGCCUGCGGCAUCAGAGCCUACCCUCCCCGGCCAUGUGCUGCGCCUGCGGCCUGUGCAUCAUGCUGGCUGGCAUCAACAUCACCCUUGUGGGAGCUUUUGCUUUUGGCACCUUCAGCCUUACAGCCAACCCUCCCAUCAUCAUCGGGCCUCUCUUCUUACUGUUGGCUGUGGCUUUCUUCACAGCCUGCUGCGUGGUCAGCAGGAGGCCACCAUCCCACGUGGCUCGAAGGGCCCACCGAGGGGAGAAUUGGGGGCUGAUUAGGAUGGGAACUGCAACUUUCGAGAUGGAGAUGAGUGAACAUACCCUCCAGGACACCACCGCCAUCCAGCUCAGCCCUACAAACUCCCCCAGCUCUUCUCACAAGUCCAUGUCGAACCAGGGGGACUGCACUGGGAUGAGCUUAUGUCAGGAUGAGACCAGGGAGCUGCAGAUCUCAGAGAUGAGUGACAUGAGGGCUGCUGGAGAUAAAACAAGUCUGACCACUGAAAGCAAAGGGAUCUCUUCCACACAGGCGUUACCUGUUCAGGACACAUCCUCCUCCACGUAGCAUGUACCUGUAUCUACCCGACUGAUGGAUGCAACUAACAGGACACAGUUGGAUCAUCUACAGUAUCUGCAAAACAAAGGAAAAAAAGACACUGGAUAGUGUAUUAGUCCCAGGCCCAAAUCAGAAAUAGGAAAACCCAAUAGAUACUCAAAUUAAAGUCCAUCCUAGUCAAAGCAGUUUCAGAUUUCUUUAAAAUCACAGUAGCUGAAUUUAACACUGACAAAUUCUGCUUUUGAAAUUCAGCCUCCAUCAUAUAGUAGUUUUGAAUCCAAAGGAGGGAUUAAAGAGAUAUCAUUGUUAAUGCAGCAACAUAUUUGUUUCUA